AUGGUACCAUCAUCAAUAUUAUCUCAUCGAAUAUUAUCGGCAAUAAAUUCACCACAUUAUCAACUAGCUAGAUCAUUUAUGACUAACGAGUAUUCGAAAGUUAUAUCUGCACAUAGAGAAGCAAUACCAUCAUCACCAUCUAAUCUAUGUGAUUUUACAUUUGGUAAUCCAUGUGAUAUGGCAUUACCUGCAUUUUUAUCAUCAUAUCAUAAAUAUGUAGAACCAUUAAAUACUGAUUGGUAUGCUUAUUGUAAUGUAACGAAUUUUAAUUCACAACCUUCUCGUGAAAUUAUCGCAUCAAAUUUAUCGAAAAAACUAUCACCUUUAUCAUUUGAAUAUGAAGAUAUUUAUUUAGUCACAGGAAACUUUGGUGGACUUUAUACAUGUCUAUCUAUGUUGUUAAAUAAAGACGAUGAAGUCAUAUUUCCUAUUCCAUCAUGGUUUUUUAUCAAUCAAUGA